CUGUCUCACCUGUUAUACGACWGGUCACACGUCUGCACUGUUCGAGUGAACAAGGUCUGAUUUUUCAAAAUUUUGAAAAUCUAAAGAAAUGUCAAACUUUGAUUCAACAGAAGGACUCCCUCCAGGAUGGCGGAAAGUCGUUUCGGAGAGAAAAUCAGGAAAAACGAAGGGUCGUUUGGACGUGUGCAUGAUCAGCCCCGAUGGCCGUCGAUACUUCUCCAAAAAAGAUCUCCAAAGGCAGCUGGAAAGCUCCAAUUCGCCACUGAAAAUUGAAAASUUUGACUUCAGCAAAACAAUCAAAAAGCUGGAAAAGAAUUCUGAUGCCCCAGAGGAGAAGAAAUUGAAAUCAAAAAUCGAACCAAAAGAUUCYGAGUUGGAGAACGGCAAAGAGGUGGAGAGCCCCCCAAAGAUGGAGUCGCCAGUAGCAACGGUGUCUGCCAGCCCWACCGAGAAAGUCUCACGCUCAGGAAGGAAAAUUCGCCCUUCUUUCAAACUGAGUCCAGAUCUCUUCUUCAAGUCGGUUGAACGGCAUUGCAGUGAGAAACUUGUAAUCAGAAAAGAUUGGAGAAAGAGCAUUGAUGGGGUUAACAGAUUUAUUGCCAAGACAGGGGCACCCCCUGGAUGGGAGAAAGUUCUGCAUAAAAGAUUGCAUGGAAAGUUCAAAGGAAAGUGUGAUGUGUAUAUGAUCAGCCCUCAAGGAAUUGUACUACGAUCCCGUCCCGAAAUUAAAUCMUUCAUAGCAGCAAAUGGUCUUGACUUGUCAAUUAGUGACUUUGAUAUGACAGCUGYCGAUCAUCCRUCCACUGGUAAGACAAUUGACAACACAAACUCAAGUUUAAAAGUAAAAAAGAAAAGAUUUAAUCGUCAAUCCAAACAUCUCGCAAAGAACAGGCCACAUACAUCSUCAACAAGAAGGAAACGCGUAAAUGAAGUSAAAGAUGAAAAGCACCUUGCACGAAAGAKAUCAGUAAACAAGUCAACUACUGAUGCAACCAAGAAACGGGAACAAACUUCACCCAAACAGUCAACAGAUGGUUAUCGAACAAGAAAACGGCGCCUUGUAUCAGCAAGCAAGCCUUCGAUAAAUGUGGCAAAGAAAAAGUGUCAUAGCUUUUUGAAAAAUGGCAUCCAGAAUCAGUGCAAAGAUAGUUCCAUUGGUCAAAAGACAGACAAAUCAACAAAACACAAAGCUAAAAGCUUAAACCAAAGAGUUGAUGGAGUUCCUGAAGGUUGGACCAAACUGCUAUCAGAAAGGCAAAGUGGGUUAUUGAAAGGAAGAUGCGAUGUGUACGUGUUCAGUCCUGAUGGGGUCAAGAUACGAUCAAGGCCCGAGUUGAAAGCAUAUCUUGAGAAGACAAAAUCGAAUCUGUCAGUUUGUGACUUUGACAUGAGUAGAAAAACAAGCCACUCAGCAUCAAAGAGUCUGCAGGAACAAAGUGUGAAAAGGAAACAUAGCUCUUCAAGUUGCACAAGUUUAACUGAGAAACAAAAAGCAARGAGGACAAGGUCAUCUCUGGAGGAAACAGCAGAGCAGAUAACACCUACUACAAGCAGGAGCAAUGGCAAUACAAGUAUUACAGAGUCUCCAAACUGUGUUAAGUCGCUAUAUGAAUCUCCCAUGUCUGAUCAGUAUUUCAGUGUCAAUGAAAGCCUGAAUGUUUCCUCAAGAAGUAAGCAAUGCAAUUUGGAAGCUGAACCAGAAGAAAAACAUGUGGACAGGAARGAAAAUGGAGAACAAGAUGGGGGAGACACAGAAAGUGAAAGGAAGGUCACAGAUAAAGCUACAAAUUCCAAAAACAAUGGAAAGGACACCAAAAACCAGCCCAAAGUUAGUCCUUACUUCUCUGACUCAGGCUCCUCCCCAAAUCCACCCAAAAUAGGAGAUAAAGAUACUGACAAAAAGAAGUGGACUCCACCCAAGUCACCAUAUCAUCUUGUACAAGAAACGCUGUUUCAUGACCCAUGGAAACUGUUGAUAUCUUCAAUAUUUUUGAAUAAAACUCAAGGUGAGAAAGCAAUUCCUGUUCUAUGGGAGUUCUUCAGAAGGUAUCCAAAUGCCGACGUGACUCGCUGUGCUAAUCCUAAGCCGAUAGCAG